CGAGCGUCCCCGCUGCCGCCGCGCCAUGCGCCCCCAGCACCGCCUGCGGCUGCGCCUGCUGCCGCUCCUGCUGCUACAGCUGCUGGCUCAGGGCAGCGCCUCCGAGACCCCCAAGGGGAAGCAGAAGGCGCUGCUCCGGCAGAGAGAGGUGGUGGACGUGUAUAAUGGAAUGUGUCUCCAAGGGCCAGCAGGGGUGCCUGGUCGGGAUGGGAGCCCUGGAGCCAAUGGCAUUCCUGGUACUCCUGGGAUCCCAGGUCGGGAUGGAUUCAAAGGAGAAAAGGGGGAAUGCUUGAGGGAAAGCUUUGAAGAGUCUUGGACACCCAACUACAAGCAGUGCUCGUGGAAUUCACUGAACUAUGGAAUAGAUCUUGGAAAAAUCGCGGAGUGUACAUUUACAAAGAUGCGUUCAAACAGUGCUUUAAGAGUCUUGUUCAGCGGCUCACUUCGGCUAAAGUGCAGAAAUGCAUGCUGUCAGCGCUGGUAUUUCACAUUCAACGGAGCUGAAUGUUCAGGACCUCUUCCCAUUGAAGCCAUCAUUUAUUUGGACCAAGGAAGCCCUGAACUGAAUUCAACAAUUAAUAUUCAUCGUACUUCUUCUGUGGAAGGACUUUGUGAAGGAAUUGGUGCUGGAUUGGUGGAUGUUGCUAUCUGGGUUGGUACUUGUUCAGAUUAUCCAAAAGGAGAUGCUUCCACCGGAUGGAACUCUGUGUCUCGCAUCAUUAUUGAAGAACUACCAAAAUAAAGCCUUUGAAGUUUCAUCCCCUACCUCUUUCUUAUUAUAUCCUUAAGUGGUUCAUCUAAAUGACAUUUUAAAAUGUUUUAUACAUAUACAUCUGAAGGAAAAAAACUACAGACCUAAGUGUGAUUUCACACUGUUUUGAACCUAAUAGUACUCAUUUUAUUUCAAUCAAAAAUGGUUUGGGAUUAUUUUAGUUGAUUAGAAUAUUUUCCUCUUAUUUCCAUUCCUUGAACCUAAGAUUUAGAAUGUCAUUGUGGUGUCUAGUUUUUCCUAUUCUCUUAGUACAGCAUUUUUUUAAAUA